AUGAGAGGUUCUAGAAUUUUAAUGCAAGCUGCUAAGAAACAAGGUGGUUUCUUAUCUGGAGUCCCACUUGAAAUGGCUCCAUUAUUCGCUGCUGUUUCAGUUGCUCUUGGUUCUGCUUGUUUCUUCACUUAUAGACAUCUCACUCGUGAUAAAGAAUUAAGAUUAUGGAAGAAUCCAAACUUGUCUAAUUUGGACAACGUCUUAGAUGAAGAUCUUAGGAAGAAUUAA